AUGGAGCCAUGGCCUCUCGUGUUCCUGCUGCUGCUGCUGCUGCUCCUGUGGCUACAGAGCUGUGUCUCAGGUCCCUCCAAUGAGCACCUGUACAAGAAAGUGCAGCUGCGUGAAGGGCAGUCUCUGUCUGUGCAGUGCUCCUACAAGAACCGCCGGAACCGCAUGGAGGACAAGGCUUGGUGCAAGGUGAAGAGGAAGAAGUGUGAGGUCGGCUUCAUCCGGAGCUGGGUGAAGGGGCCCAGCUACUUGAUGCGGGAUGAUGCCAAGGCUAAGGUGGUCCACAUCACCAUGGAGGCCCUCAGAGUACAGGACUCCGGGCGAUACUGGUGUAUGCGCAACACGGCUGGGAAUCUCUACCCGUUGGUGGGCUUCCAGCUGGAGGUGUAUCCAGCCCUCACAACUGAGAGAAACAUUCCUCCCACACAUCUAACCAACACCCUCAAGAGUGGAUUUGUCACAACGGGCCAAACCCCUAGUUCAGACCCUCAUACCCCUUUCGCCUCUGACGUGACUGUGUUCACAUCUGGACUCCUCACCUUGGCCUCAGGGACCACUGCACCAACCUCUGUGACACACCACCGUCUCACUGACGCCAGUGACACUGUUACAGAGCACGGGAGGAGCACGGAGUCCCAGCCAGUGACCUUGUCUCCUAGCAACGCAAGACCGUUCUCUGCUGAUCCAGGGACCACCUCCACCGGACACCUGAUGAGCAGCCUGUCCACCACGGGGAUGUGCCACCAGCUAACCCCCAGCAGGUCCCAGGAGACUUACCUCACUGCAAUUGUGGUGGUGUUAACAUUCCUUCCAGCACCCAUGGUGUUGGUCGUGGUCUAUGGGUUUUGGAAGAAGAGACACAUGGGAACAUACAACUUGGGCAGCAGCUCUGCUAAACCUUGGUUACACCCUCCUGAAGGAUCAGAGACACUGUGGAAGCCUGCUUGGUCUAAGAUAACUCAGUGA